AUGGCCCACCUGGCUUGUUCAAACCCUUGCUCUCCUGUGUCCUUCUUGCAUCUCUGUGCUUUGUGCCGGGGCCAGGCCAUUUGCCUAGACUCAGAUGGCGAGGACAAGGCCAUUUGCCUAGACGAUGAUGCCAAGGACAAGGCAGUGUGCCUGGACUCAGAUGGCGAGGACAAGGCAGUUUGCCUAGACGAUGACGCCAAGGACAAGGCAGCUCGCCUAGACGAUGAUGCCAAGGACAAGGCCGGCCCGCAGGCGGCCGCUGUGUUUGGUCCCCAAGAGGAGGAGCUGGAGCGCGUUCCCACUGUCGCAGACGGUCGCUGCUUUUGGAACGCGUUGCUAUUGGGCACCCAGACGACUGCGGAGCUCGAACUGUGGAAGCUGCGUGAAAGGAACGAGCAAGACUUGCAGGCUUCGCGGUCCUGUGCACAAGAAGUCAAGAUGACAAACGAUUUUGCCAUGGGCUUGCCUCUGUCCAGCGGUGCUAUGAAACGCAUCGCAUCGGCAGAAAUGCCGGAAUGGUCAGACAUGGUCGAAGCGUCGAAGGCGCUGCAGUGUAACCUUGUCUUCUACACUGGCGACGCUGCGGGCGCAACGUGCUUCAUUCCGGAGCCGAUGCAUGCUGCGUGGCGCACAACAAAGCUCUAUGCGGGACCCUCCAUCGAUGGUGCUGGCCACCGCGCCUCCCACUUCGAUCUUCUGCGUCGAAUUGUUGCACCCGAGGCUGAGCACAAGAACCCUGCUGCAGAGGCGACGGUGCGCUACUGA